UGCCGGGCCCUUAGUUUACCUCCCCUGAGUACUGUCCCUGUCAGCUGCCUUGCUGCUGUCGGUUCUCUCGCCUAUACAGUCUUCCUACAGUUUUCUACAACUACACAGCUUCUCUAACCACCUCUCCAAGUUAAGUAUGCCCAGCAAGAAAAAACCUCCUACCAUAAUUACCGGACCACAAUUCAACGGUACAACUGCCUUGGACGAAGAAGACUUUACAGUCCUAGCAGUUGAAGGUUUCGGAGAACAAGCUGAAACUAUUUUAGCUGACAUAAACUGGUCUGAAGAAAUAGUCUGUCUAACUGGUCUAAGAUUAUCUCCAGACAACAGCAGAGUUUCUAACAGCGCAGUUUUCCUGCUAGGCUCUAUCUUCGCAGACAAACGAGUGAAUAUAACUAAACUAUGGAACCUAGACUCCCAAACCCAUCUUUCUCUAACAGUCUCUAAUGCCAGCAUCUUCAACUUCCCUAAGGGGGCCCUUUUCUCCGACUAUGUAGACUCCUCAGCUGUAGCCUUCAAAGUGUCCCAGCACGGCUCUGAACUAAACCAGUCCACCCUAGCAAGCUUGAAUUUCCAAGGUUUUAGUCUCAGAGCUCACCUAGCCCCUGUCAGCGCUACUAAUAUCAAACUCUGGAUCUCCCUGCUGCCUCUACCUAAGCUCACACUUCUAGAGACUCACCCGCUUGCCUCUAACCCAAGUUUCCCUGGCUUCAAAGUUCUGGAAGGCGACAUCCCUCUAGCCCCCCUCAGCUCAGGCCCCCCCCUUUCCAAAGACUGGGGCUGCCCCAUCACACCAGCAAUCAUUCUUGGCUCUGAUUUAGACCCUGAUGCUGUUCUCCCCUCCAACCAAGCUCUUAUUACCGCCCUAGCCGCAAUGCUCAGGAAACCAGUCAGACCAGAGCUUCACGCUAACGGUUCCAAACUUGCCCCUCGCCUAGAAGAAAUCCUAGAACACGGUUCUUCAGUGCUGAAAUCUCUAACCCCUGAUCACCUAUGGCCUUUACCAGGCAACACCAGUCUAGUGGCUAGUUCCUCCACAGGUAGUUCACUGUUACUUCUACCUCUUUUAUCUCUCAGGCUUGCUUACUUCCUCUCUUACAGUAAACUCUUCAACCUCUUUGUUUUAAACUUAAUUUAUUCUUUGUGGUUUAAAUUCUCUGCAAGUAAACCUAACUCAACUUCCUUUUAUGAUUUAGUUUCACUCUUCCUUAAGCUGUUGAUUUAAUGUACAAACUUAAACUCUUUUUGCCUAUCUAUGUUUAUGAGUGUUUCAACUCCUCAACUUUCUGGCUUGUUUACUUUUUAAGCUACAAACUUGAUUUAAAGCUCACUAAACUUGAGUUACUCACCUCCAAAAACUUGAUGUAUAAGUUUUUACAGUGACCAACUAAACAUGCCUUUUUCUUUCCAGCUACUAUUCAUUUAUAAGCACACACACAACCUUCAAGCUUGACUUAUAAGCUCGCCUACUUUCCCUAAAGCUUGAUUUAUAAGCUUACUAAACUUGAUUUAUAAGUUUACAGUAACUUUAAUUAUAUUCUAGCCUACCUGGCAAUUGUCAACUUUAGACUGUUUAUUUAUUUACAAAACUUGAUUUAUAAAUUCCCAAACUUGUUUUAAAAUUUUAGUUACAAUUCCUGAACUUCUUGUUUGUUUCUUUUUCAGCUACAAACUUGAUUUAAAAGCUCACUAAACUUGAGUUACACACCUCCAAAACUUGAUUUAUAAGUUUUUACAGUGACCAACUAAACAUGCCAUUCCUUUCCAGCUACUAUUCAUUUCUUUGCUUGAUUUAUAAGCACACACACAACCUUCAAGCUUGACUUAUAAGCUUGCCUACUUUCCCUAAAGCUUGAUUUAUAAGCUUCCUAAACUUGAUUUAUUAGUUUACAGUAACCUUUAAUUCUAUGCUAGCCUAUCUGGCAAUUGGAAACUUGUUCUAUCUCUUAGAUUACAAAACUAGACUUAGUUUGUAUUUCUUAAAUUAAAAUCAAGACUUAAACUGUACCUCUAAAAUGAAAAAGCUUGACUUAAACUAGUGUCUUAACUUAUUAAACAUGAUUUAUAAUCUAACAUAGAUUAAAACUUGAUUAUAAAUACUCAUUAAAAUCCUUCCUUAUUCAAAGUUAUAAUUAACAACCUAACACUUCAGUUCUUAGCAAAACUUGAAAUUUAAGCUAGGAAACAAUUUGAACGAAAUUUACGGUUUAAUUAUUACAAAAAAUUUAACCUACAAUUUACAAUACAUUAUAAGCUUGCUUCACUUUAAUCAUGCUUCCAUUAGUUUCUAUCCAACCAUUAAUUUGUUUCUCUUAAAGUGAAACGUUACCAACCAAGACCAACUCUAGGCGUGACCAAAUAUGGCCCCAAGGGACUCUUCACUAAGGAUUCAUUCACCGGAAACCUAUCAGUGCACUGGAAAGAGUACUUGGCAACAAUCGCAAAUUACUCUUUAUCAAAGAAGACCUGGAGUGCAUACAAAACAGCAGGGAAUCUUCUCAUACAAUGUCAAACUGAAACCAAAACACCAAUGACUUUACCCCUGAAUGAUGACAAAGUCCUAAUCUUUGUAGCCUGGCUAUUAUCCCGCGGUCUACAUUCCCGAACCAUCAGCACCUAUUUAUCGGGCUUACGCCAGGUACACCUUGCUUUUGGUUUGGUGUUUUUGCCAUUCCUCCCUCCAAUGAAUCAUCAGCUGUUUAGUUUUAAACCAUCAACGGAACCUCUUUAAUACUGUUAUACACAAAUGAAAAUAAUGCAAAACUAGA